AUGUCACGCUCCUCCUACCCCCAAACCAUCGCAGCAUCAGUCAGCGAGCAAAGGCCUGCCGCUGUUCCCACAAAGCCCUCUAGACCCGCGUCUGUGCAGUACAGGAAUUUUUCAAACCCUCUGGCAGACGACCUCCCAUCUGCUGUGGGCGCGAAACCGGUGGGCGCAGAGGAAUUACAGGCCAGGAUCAAGGCUGCGAGAAGGAGCAGAACCGUUUCUCAGCCACUGCCUGAAGCUGUGCAACGUCAACUGGACCAGGCGGCCAACAACCCAGACCUCAUACACCCAGCACUGCGUGCCAGGAGCGGAGUACCGAAGAACAUUCACCGAAGCGCCAGCCACCAGUGCAAACCCCGCGAGGAGCUCUCUAUAGAGGCAGUCAUGCGACGCUUUUCAGCAGAAUCCGAUGGUAAAGCCGGAUUGAGUCGCAGUCGUCCGACGACGCCAGGUGAACUCGAUGGUCCACCCCCAGUGUCUGCAUUACCUGCGCAUCUACCUCCUGCGAACUAUCGUCCACGGUCCUAUCCAACCCGGAGCAGGAGGUCUUCUAUGACGAAACGCCCAAGCCCGCUAUCAUAUGUCUCAUCUCCCGAUGACUCUACUGAUGCAUGCUCUCACACGUCAAGGCGCACUUCAGCCUCCUCUCGAACCUCCAGAACAGAGUCCAAAUCCGACUCAUGCAAGGACGACGACAAAGAUGACAUGAUAAGAGUGGUUACCCUGGAAGCAUCCAAGAGCCGACUCAGCAAAAGAAAACACGAACUUGAAUCCCGGGCUCCACCUGGAAAUUCGCCCGAAGUAGCGCAACUCAAGUCUCCACCCGCCAAGAACCGCAGCUCAUGGCACAAUCUAUCACGACGAAGCAUACUCUGCUCAGUUUAACAACAUUAUUUCAUUUUUCAUCUGUUAAAUACAUACUGGUCCAGAGCCAUCGGAAUCUCUCUUGUGUGUCAGCGUAGGUCUUCCAUUUAGCUUGGCGUUUACGGUUUAUUUUCAAGAAAGUUCCUUAUCGCAUCACGACUCGUCAGGAUUUGAGCGUCUACAGGGGCAUCAAUGGCGCAGGAGUUUUAGGCACCCAAAUGUUUCAGCAUACGAGCGCUGAGCACAGUUUAUCUUAGAUCUAGGCAGAUAGUUUCCAACCUUCCACAAUGAACUUAUCACGACAUUG